CAACGUGGCCACCGCUAAAAAGAUCCCGAGUGUCAAAAAGGUAUCUUUUGGCGUUUGAAGGUGUCAACAAAUCGGUACAAAGCGAGGAUCCAACUGAUGAACAAUAUACACAAAAUCAGCUCUCGAGGAACUGAAAAGGAAAGAAAAAAGAAAUUUCCCUCCAUCUAUCUAGCUCACCACCAGAAUCUAUCGGUACCAUGCGUUUCACCACUGUUUUCUCCCUUUUGCUGAUCGCUCCUUCUGCGGCAUACGUCCCCAUUGCCCCCAUCAAUGCUGCCGUCCGAAGCCCCUUGUUCCGAUCUCCAGCUGCCCUCAAGGCGUCGGUUGUUGCGGAACCAGCCGUUGUUCAUGAUGUGGCCGAUAACGUGAGUGGAAAAAUUCAAUCUGUUCUCGAAAAGGCCGAUGAUUUGGUGUUGAGCCGUGCAAUGCGCUUUGUAAACCAUGCUCCCGUCAUUGCCACCUUGGCCGCCAUGAUUAGUAAGUUGGGGUCAACCAAAUUUGGACUGGAUAUUGCCCCGUCUUCCCUUUCUCUUCAAGCACCUGCUGGACUGGGUGUUCCUGCCUGGUUUGGAUACUGUCUUCCCAUCAUGGUUGUCUCCCAAGUUGCAGCCGUUCUCCGCAGCGCUCUCGCCGACAACGAUGAGCUCUCACAAGAAGAUAUCUCGGCCUUGGCGGUCAGCAACUUUGCCUUGACUCGGGCAUUGACUGCCUCGACACCUGCCAACUGGAUGAUUGCAGCAGUGGCCAGUGGCUAUUAUGCUCGCAACGGACACGGAUCUGAAGACGCCAACAUCAAGAACUUGUCGAUUCAAGUUGCCUCGAGUGUUUCUACGGCUGCCGCUGUCUUGGGUGUCACGUCCCAACUCCCUUCGGUGAUUCCCUUUUUGAGUGGCCAAGAAGAGGCCACGGCUCUUUUGGGUCUUUUGGCAAUGUUGGGAUUGACCACUCAAGAUGGAAACAGCAAGGUCAAGAGAGUUGUAAACGCUGCCAUUGUUGGAGGUGUCUUGGUUUCCAAGGUUGCGGGCGGUGCUUUGCAGUUGUCCAUGUCCAACCUCUUGUCCAAGUCGAUCGUUGUUACUGCUGCUACCGCUUAUGUGGCUGCAGUUGCCAUUUCCCGUGCUCAAGAUGCUCUCUCGUAAGCCAAAACUUGACGGAUCAAGCAAGAUGCAUGCCAGCCAGACAAGAAGGGAAGCAGCCCCCCUGCGGGGUUUCAUGCUCUGAGCUGUAGCGAAUUGCUAUCAAUCGGAAAAUAACCUGUACUGCAUUUGAAACAUCACUUUGUCACAAACCGCGCCAUCAAGAACAUACUCACCAGCCGGCAGUACGACACUGCCAAGAAAUACAUGAUAUCGUUUUGUCACGGUCAAGGCUCAAGACCACAAAGAAUGAGCCUUGGUCAUUUAUUAGUUAGCUACCUGUAAACGUAAGAUCAUAAUAUCGUUGUUCC